AUGUCUAAACACUGGGACUUCUACAAGAUGGGGAUAGAUAUGUCAAGGGCAUUUGACACAAUCAAAAGGUCAAAGAUCCUAGAUGUGCUGUACCAAGCAGGGUGCAAUGAAGAUGAACUGCGCCUUGUGAGGAUACUUUUAGCAGGUACUAAACUGAAUGUCCGUGUUGGAUCAACCUACUCAGCGGACGUCGAAACAACAAUAGGGUCUCCACAAGGGGACAGUCUCUCCCCAGUACUGUUCACCUGCUACCUGGCAUCAGCAUUAGCAUCAAUAAGAUCGCACUCCACAAGGCCCAACCCUCCAGUAUCACGUCUGGGCAUUCCAUUGGAGAUGGAAUAUGCAGAUGACGUCGACUUCAUCGACGAGGAGAAGGCCACACUGGAAAGACUCCUACCUGUAGCUGCUAAUAACUUGAAAGACUCAAAUCUAUUUGUGAACGAAGCCAAGACAGAAUAUACUCACGUCUACUUGGCGGACACAAUAGAAAAAGAUGAGGAUGAAAAGCCACUCCGAGGCCAUGAGGAAUGGAGAAAGAGCAAAACUCUUGGCUCCCUCCUCUGUAGCUCGGCUGACAUAGCAGCCAGGUGUACAAUGGGUAACAUCGCAUUCAGGUCCCUCUGGAAAAUCUGGAUCCGCCGAUCAAAAAUUCCAUUGGAGAAAAAACUGCUACUGUACAAUGCCACCUGUGUGUCAAUCAUGCUCUACAACUGUAACAGCUGGGCAGCACCACAGACAGUGCUAGACAAGCUAGAUGCCUGCCACCGAAAACACCUACGAACAAUCACCGGGCACCGAUGGCCAAACAGCUUGAUUUCGAACAAUGCGUUAUACAAGCUGUGCAACACAGGCCCACUGUCAACAAAAGUGAAACAAGCCAGAUGGACUAUGUUCGGACACGUACUGAGGAUGCCAACCAACACACCUGCCCAGCAGGCCUUGGAAUUUGCCUUAAUUGGUUCCAACACCUACAAAGCCCGAAAAGGAAGGCACUGCAAGAACCUUCUGGGCUUACUGAGGGCAGACCUCAAAGAAAGAGGACUCGGACCAUUACGGUCAGAAAGGAAACUUAGGGAGCUCAGGGAGCUCGCAAUGAACAGGACGAAGUGGAAAGAGUUGAAGAAAGACUGA